UCUUGGAACCGAAUCACUCUUGCAUCUGCCCCUAGACCUUACGUUGCAAGUUGUUCAUGGAUUCGCUGCUGAACCCAUAACAGAGGAGUUGAAGAAAGAGGAAGAGAGGAGGCAGGAAAGUGAGCAUGCCGAGGUGGAGUCCUCCACAUUUCUCAGCUCUAGGCAGUCAUUAGAUCAAUCCCUUGAGUCAGACACUUUAACCAACACAGAAGAGUUUGAGUCAUUCAAUAACACAAUAAUCCUCCAAAGUGGAGAAGGUGACGAGAAACUUGAACCUGUUGUAAAUGAGUCAGAAUUGCAAGAUGAUAUGAACUCUACUGGUCCAGGCAAUCAGGAAACGUUGCACCAAAGAGAUGAAGAUGAUGACUUUGUUGAUCUGAUAGUUGAGGAAAACAUAGUAAUGGCAAAUAUAACUCAUUUUAGACAACCAGACCAUGUAGAAAGCAUUGAACCUGAACAAAGUGAGGAUAUGACCUGCUUUUUACAAUCAACCCCCUCAGACAGCUCUUUGGGUCAUGACAAAAGUGCUCAAUCAGAAUCCAGGAGAAGAAAGAUGGGUUCAACUCGCAGGAAUCAUAGAGCUAUACAUGAGGAGGAAGAACAUGGAGAGAGUAAGAUGCAUGGAUAUCGUUACCUUUAUGAUGAGGGAGAAGAGGUCAUAUUGGGAAAAGAAAGAAUGUUUGGCAUCGAAGACACUGAGUUUGAAAUAUCUAUGGAGCCUAAAGAUAGAGCCAGUGUAGACGAGAAAGAAGGAGAGCAGAUGGAAAAGGAGAAUUUCCAAACAGAGGAAGACACAGAAAACAUAGAAGAGCCAGGAAGGAGGUUGGAGUGGGACAUGGGAACAGUGGAAGGAUCUGGUGUUGAAACAUCGGAAGAGUCUCUGAUGUUAUUGGAACCGGAGCAUGGAGCAGAUGAGGAGAAGAAAGGAAUGGAAGAAGAAAGUCUGAUUGAACCCACCCCUUUUGAUCAAUACAUCGAUUCAUUUGGUAUUGCAGAUCAAUUAUAUAACCAAGAGAAAGGCAACAGAUUCACUGUAGACUCUGUCAAUACAGAAACUGAGAGCAACAAUGAAGCAAGCAUGGCCCACAUAGUUGACCCAAUAGAGCCCUUCAGUGUUGGACUGGACCAAUCAGGAGACACUUUACUCAGGGAGGAAGAAGUUAGUGAUUUCACACUGCUUGUGAAUAAUUCUGAAGUGAUCAAGUGCAGCCAAAUAGCAUAUGAUUGUGCUCUUACACUAGAGUCAGAUGACACUUUCAGCACUGAUCCCAAAAUCUCUCCUAGUCAACUCAUCCAAACUCCAUGUAUGGAAAUCACUAACCCCUUUCUCAAACCAUUAUUACCGCAGAGUAUUCAGGGGAAUGAGGGUCGUGCAAACACUGACCCCAAUACCACAGGGGGACUGGACACAUCAGAGGUCAUGUUACUCAGCGAGGAGGAAAUGAGUGAUCAUGUGCCGCUUGUAAAUGAAGUGAGUGUCAGUAGCCAAAUGACGUAUGAUGAUAGAACUCUCACAACAGAGCCCUGUCAAACAGAUGAGGCUUUGAGCACUGAUCCCAAUAUCUCUGCUAGUCAACUCAACCAAACUCCAUACUCGGAUGAAAGCCAUAACUCUUUUCCCAAUUCACUCUUACUGCAGAGUGUUCAGGACCAAGGUGAUAACGCAGCAAACAUCAACUCCAAUCAGAGUCCUUCUCCAAGCAGGAGGAGAAAGAUGGGGUCGACUCGUAGGCAUCCUAGAGGUGUACAAAGAGAAGAGGAGGACACAGAGGAGAAACAAGAAGGGGAAAUAGAAAGCACAGAGAUAGAAGACAAGAGAGAAAACAUGGAUGCAGAGGAAGGUUCUUGCAUGGAGUUUGAAAUGUUGAUGGAAUCUAAGGUUGGAGCUGGUAAUGAGAAGAAUGAAGGAGAAGAGAGAAAUGAGGAGACUGUCCUGACUGACCUCAGCUGUUCAUUCAGUACUUCAAAUCAAGAGAGAAGAAACAUGGAGACUGACAAUAUAGAAAGUGAGAGCCAAUCAAUUAUAAAUCAUUCAAUGACAGCAAAACUCAUGCUUCUACGUCAAUCAGAUUUCUCUGAGAUUAGGGAAACUCUUCACAACCCUGAUGUUCCUAAUCUUGAGUCCCACUUGACUGAAGACACACUGAUUUCAACAGAAAAAGUUAGAGAGGUGGAGGAGAUAGAAGUUGAAGUGCAUACAGUCAUGGAGAGCGAGAGCAGCCAAACUGACACAGCUGCUCUUACAGUAGAGGCCCAAGAGUCAGGUGACAUGGUUUGUAUAGACCCUUACAUCUCUGCUAUUCAACAUACCCAAACAGCUGACAUGGAACAAUGUCUGUUAACACAAAGUAAUAGCCCCAGUCUUCCUUCGAAAUCAUCUCUGUCUCUGAGUUCCCAAUCUCACGAGGAUGUUGGUGAAUCCAAAGCUACAGGGAAGAGAAGAAAGAUGGGCUUUACUCAUCGGACACAGGGAGGACUCCACGAGGAUGAGAAGCAGGAGACAGGAGAAAAUAUAACAGAGGCAGAGGUCAGAGCAGAAACCAUUGGAAAUCCAGAAGUCAAUGCUGUUUUGGAAAGAUUUCAAGAGGAGCGCAGGGCUGAAGCUGUCAGUCUGGAGGACCAACAGGAGAUACAGAGCACAGAGAAGGAGACAAUACUCAUAGAGGUGGUUGUCUCAAGCACGGUUUUGAGUGGAAAAGGGUCUGAACCAGUGGCUCCAGCUCCACAGCCAGGCCCUGGGAAUAAAAGAGGUCAAGAAAAGGCAGAGCUUGUGGAGAAGCCACCGGGUACCUUCGGAAGCUCUGGCUCUAGUUCAAACCCCUACAACGUGGUGAUGGUUGGAAACAGCAGUGUGGGAAAAACCUCCUUCAUGAGGCGUUUCCAAAGUGGAGAGUUCUGUCUGCACCACGAUGCAACCAUUGGUAUUGAUACCUGUAUACAGUCUGUGACAGUGGAUGGCAGCCCAGUGACUCUACAGUUAUGGGAUACUGCAGGUCAGGAAAGAUUCCACAGCAUCACCAGACAAGUGUUCCACAAAGCCCAGGGUCUAAUGCUGAUGUAUGACAUCACUUCCUCUCAGAGCUUCUGUGACAUCUGCUACUGGGUCAAUUGCAUUCAGGAGGGGGCUCCAGAUGAUGUCAUCGUUAUACUCCUUGGGAACAAGACUGAUUGUGCUGAACUAGAUCGAGAGGUUCAGACUCAUGAAGGGGAGAACCUUGCAAAGGGGUACGACAUGCACUUUAUGGAGUGUAGUGCUGCAACAGGUGACAAUGUGACUCUGUCUAUGGAAACUCUGGCAAGGAUGCUAAAGCAGCUGGGUGAGCAGACAAGACAAGAAGAGGGAAGCUUGGUGUUGCAGAAAGAACCGCCAAUGAAGAAAUCAGGCUGCUGCUGAUCAAGGUGGAGAAGAUUGGUACAUGUCAUAAUCUGCAGCACAUACACGCACACACGUACGCACCCACGUACGCACACACACAUGCAUUUGUGCCCUAUAGCCCCUUAUGAAAGUAUUUUUAUUUCUAAAUGUUCUAUAUGUAAUAUAGCAGAUUUAAAUGUUAAAAACAUUUGUCAGUGCAUGCCAAAGCAUAUACUGUAGUGGUAGUAAUGUAACGCUUGAGAUGAUUCUCCCUUUUCUACUUCUUUCAAACACUGUUUGUGGGGGGAAAAAAUGUAUUUAUUAGAUUAUGAAGAGAUAUAUAUUCAUAGCAACACUAUUUAUUUACAGUUAGAUAGUGUCAUAUUACAAUUUAUUGUUGGGUUUCUUUUUGCUUGAAAACAUCCACCUAUGCAGUUUAUACAAGCCUAAUAAAUACAUAAUACAUUCAA